AUGUUGAUAUCAAACAUGUACCACUUAAACACCACGAACGAAGAUGUUGAAGGAGCAGUGACAGUAUCCGGGUCAGGAGGUACAGGGAUACCCAACCUUCAGGCUCUGACACUGAGAUGCAACUACACUGUGACACCAGGGGAUGUUGUUACUUCAUUCACAUGGAGGAGGGUGGAGGGCAACUCUCCAGUGAGCAUAGUCUCAGGUUCAGUGACUCCCCAGACAGCCAGAUUCCUGGACUCCUGGCAGAACAAGGGUGUGUUUGUUGGUGACUACACCUCCUCCCUGGACAUCCAGCUGCCUGCCAGUCACGUGACAUCCAGCUAUUCCGGGACAUACAGGUGUGAAGUGACUGGGCUGUCAGAUACUGGACAAGUGAAUGUCACUGCCUCUGUGUUGACUAUUCCAUCAAUAUCUGGCCUGCCUCCCACCUACACAGUGAUCGAGUCAUCCCGUCUCAGGAUAGACUGUAGUACCUACACCACACCCGGCAACCCUCCAACAACAAGGUACACCUGGAUCUAUGGUGGUUCUACUGUCAGUACUGGGGCUGUACUUGACAGAAGCAGCAUCAGUAGAAGUCAGGGAGGAAGCUACACCUGUGCUGCCAGCAACACUCGGGGGUUUGACUCGGCCUCAGUCAAUGUGGAUGUACAGU